CAAAAGCCGUAAAACCAUCUACACUCCCUCGUAUAUAACUGCGCAACCGUCUCUCUAUCUCACAAAAAAAGGCCUCUUGCUUCUUUGACCUGUCCCUCUUUUCCUCCAUUUUCCCCUCCUACAACAAAAAAACACACACACAAACACUACCCCUUAGCCACCAAUCCUCAGUUUCAAAUCUGAAAACCAUAAAAACAAGAACAAAAAGAUCGUCACUUGUCUUGUGUUUUUUUUUUUUUUUCAAAUCAUCAUUAAAAAAACAUUAAAGAUGCCUGCUACAGAACACCAGCAAUCAUUUCUUGGCAGAAUCAGCAUUAGAAGAAACCAAGUAAUUGCUAUGGAUGGUAACCAUGAACAAGAACUAGAAGUCCUGGAGCUUUUUCAAAGACAUACAGGCGAUCGUUUUGCUGAUUUACUAUCGCAUCCUGAAGAUUAUCCUUUCUCCGGUGAGCCAUUUCUCUCAAUUUCUUGGCUAAGAAAACUAGUUGAUGUUUUGUUGUGCUGCGAGGCAGAAUUCAAAGCUGUUUUAAUUAUGGGUCGUGACCCUUCUCAAAUACUUAAACCGCCAUUGGAUCGUUUACUUAUUGAUUUUAUGGAACGUGCUGUUAAAGUUCUUGAUAUUUGUAAUGCCGUUUCUAGCGGGGUUGAUUCUAUUCGUCAAUGUCAAAAAUUGGCUGAGAUUGUUGUUUCUGCUUUAGAGCAGAAACCAAUUGGUGAUGGUCAAGUUAAGCGAGCUAGAAAGGCUCUCAGCGCUUUGAUGUCUGCUUUGACAAUUGAUGAUAAAGAAAAUAAUCAUUCAAGGUAUGCAGAGAGAACUUGGUCUUUUGGAAGGAGAGGAAGUAACAGUGGGGGUAAUCAUAAGGACCGAGCUACUCACGGUUCUUUUCGAUCUUCAUCAAUGGUUUUGGCUAAAAACUGGUCUGCUGCAAAACAAAUUCAGGCUAUGUGUUCUAAUUUGGCGGUACCAAGAGGUGGAGAAUCAACGGGAUUGGCUCAGCCUGUUUAUAUAAUGAGUAAUGUUAUGGUUUUUGUGAUGUGGGCUCUUGUGGCCGCAAUUCCAUGUCAAGAAAGGAGUGGAUUGUCAACGCAUUUUCAGAUUCCAAAGCAAUUUGUGUGGGCACAUAGCAUAAUUGGGAUGCAGGAGAAGAUUGGAGAGGAAUGGAAAAAGAAAGAGAAAAAAGGGUCAGCUGGAUUGCUAGAGGAGAUGCAAAGGAUGGAGAAGCUGGGGCAGAGUUUGAUUGAAUUUGCUGAUGGAUUCCAAUUUCCUGCGGAGGCUGAGAAGUUGGAGGAAGUGGCUGCGCGGGUGGCGGAGCUGGCGGAGAUUUGCCAGAGAAUGGAGGAAGGGUUGAUGCCUUUACAGCAGCAGAUUAGAGAAUUGUUUCAUAGGAUUGUAAGGAGCAGGACAGAGAUUCUUGAUUUGUUGGAUAAUGGGAAAGCUUCUCAACCUAUAAUAUAAUGUGCGUCUGAACUUUUGUGCAAAAUGGGGUCUUGGAAGUUUGAGAAUUUUUAGGCAUUUUUAUGAUUCCAGGUUCAACUUGUUCAUGGGUAGAUGAACAUGGGCAUAUGUUGAGCCUCGAAGUGGAUGUUCAUACAGGGUUUCCUUUUCCUUUUCUCUUUCCUAGAGAUUAUACGGCUUCAACGCACCGAGUUUAGAGGUCUAGUAUGCAUUUCUAAAUGUGAAAUGUACUCGUUUUUUCUUCUUUUUUUUCCUGGCUUUAUUGUUAUUGUGUCGAGUACAGGAUGUUUUGUUUGAAAGAAUGUAUAGCACUAAUCAAGGUUUAAUUUUGUAUUUCUUA